GUGAAAGAUGGCGGACUCAGUAGCGGCUGGUCUUGGGGACGAGAAUGAGACCGAAAACGAGGAUAAUGAGAGAGAGAAACGGCUCUUCAGCGGCGUCAGAAAGACGGGGAAACAUGCUGGUGUUUCAGACGUUACAGAAUCUCUUGGAUUUUACGAGAGGAAGGCAAAAUGUAAAGAGAGAAAGAGCAAUGUGUCGGCCCCCGCAGCUCAAGAAAAAGCAGCAAAAAUUCCGAACAAGGUGAAAAGCAGUUCUUCAAAUCUCUCUCUGUUGAGGUUUAUUAGUGCUGAGUUGACUAGAGGAUAUUUUCUGGAACACAACGAGGCCAAAUACACAGAGCGGAGGGAGAGGGUCUACACCUGCCUGCGGAUUCCAAAAGAACUGGAGAAGCUGAUGAUCUUUGGGUUUUUCCUGUGUCUGGAUGUGUUUCUGUACGUGUUCACUCUGCUGCCCCUCAGAGUGCUGCUGGCCCUGAUCAGACUGCUGACACUGCCUUGCUGCGGCCUCAGUGGGUCUCGAAUCUUACAGCCUGCUCAAGUAUGUGAUGUUCUCAAGGGUUUCAUCAUGGUUCUGUGUUUUUUCAUGAUGACCUAUGUGGAUUAUUCCAUGAUGUACCAUCUGAUCCGGGGUCAGUCUGUCAUAAAACUCUACAUCAUCUACAACAUGCUAGAGGUGGCAGAUCGCUUGUUUUCAUCUUUUGGUCAGGAUAUUCUGGAUGCUCUGUACUGGACUGCCACAGAACCUAAAGAGAGGAAGAGAGCUCAUAUAGGAGUGAUCCCACAUUUCUUCAUGGCUGUUCUCUAUGUCUUUUUGCAUGCCAUUCUGAUUAUGGUUCAGGCCACCACACUGAACGUGGCUUUCAACUCGCACAACAAGUCACUGCUCACCAUCAUGAUGUCUAAUAAUUUCGUAGAGAUCAAAGGAAGUGUAUUCAAGAAAUUUGAGAAAAACAACCUUUUCCAGAUGUCCAAUAGUGACAUUAAAGAAAGGUUUACAAACUACAUACUCUUACUAAUCGUCUGUCUCAGAAACAUGGAGCAGUUCUCCUGGAAUCCAGAUCACCUGUGGGUGUUGUUUCCUGAUGUGUGCAUGGUCAUCGCCUCAGAGGUUGCAGUGGACGUUGUCAAACAUGCCUUCAUCACCAAGUUUAAUGACAUCACGGCAGAUGUCUACAGUGAAUACAGAGCAAGUCUGGCAUUUGAUUUGGUCAGCAGCAGACAGAAAAAUGCAUAUACAGACUACAGUGACAGUGUGUCCAGGAGGAUGGGCUUCAUUCCACUUCCUCUUGCUCUACUGUUGAUCCGGGUGGUGACCAGCUCUGUGAAGAUCCAGGGCUCUCUGUCCAUUGUAUGUGUUGUGCUCUUCUACUUGGGUAUGAUCACUUUGAAGGUGCUAAACAGUAUUGUGUUGUUGGGGAAAUCCUGUACGUAUGUAAAAGAGGCAAAAAUGGAGGAAAAGCUGUUUCAGAAUCCCCCCUCUGCCACUCCCAGCAGAGUGUCCAGCAGAGCCCAUCGUACCAAACACACACGAGAACCACCAGGUGUGCCAGUGGAGGAGGAGUGCAUGUCUGCGUCAGUCACAACUCAGCCCACUCACACGGAUGAAUACCCCACCCCUCAACUCCCCACCAGCGAAUCAGAUCAGUUCCUCACUACACCAGAUGAAUCUGAAGAGAAAAGCCUUAUUCAGGAUGAAACUGAACUUACACAUAGGGCACCCAAAAAAGACUUGUUGGAGAUUGAUCGCUUUACUAUCUGUGGUAACCGUAUCGACUGACAUGAAUGCACGAACACUCAAGUUUGAGAGUGAUGCCAUGUAUGCACUGAAAUGCCCAGCCUCUCUGCCAGCUUGAUUUUUGACCUGUGAACCAGAGCUCGUUGGAAUGGGACAGUGAGAGACUGCAGGAUAUUUAUUGAUAAGUGAUGCACCUAAUUUAUUUAAGACUGAAAAUCAAACACACUCAUACACAGACAAUCACACAAACAUACACACAGUCUUAGCCAUUUGGACUCCACCCAGUGAAGUUUCUAUACUUUCAGUAACUUGAAGGGAGUCCACUUUUGGAUGGCGGGAAGAUCUUGGUACACUGGUCUCUUUGCUGUCCUGUAUUGGGGUAUUAAAAUGAAGACAAAGAGAGAAAUGGAUGGAUUCUGUUCUAAAGUUAUAGUUGUACCAGACAUUAAACUACUAGUCUGAAGAUUCCGUUCAAAGAUGAAUUCAGAAAGGGAUAUAAAUAAUCAUGACUAACGCAUCUGCAGGUCAGUAAACCAAAUUAAAGGUCUAAGCUGGAAUAGGCAAUUUUCAAGUUUUGUCUUCAUAAUUUAUUUCAUUUGGAGUAUCCCCUCAACUCUCCAAUCUUUAAUUACCCUUAAAAGAGUUUUUUUUUAAAAUAUCAUCAUGUUCACUGGGAGAUGAUUCUAAAGUGUAAUUGUGAAAUUACAGAUGGAUGAUGCAGAUUAAUUUUUCAAGCAUCAUUUGAGGUAAUGUUUUUAAAGACCAUUUUAAGUAUGUGAUACUUCAAUGAAACACAUGCUGUGAUAAGCUGAUUCAUUUACACCUUAAAAAUGUUUGUUUUUUAAGGUCAUCAUCUGAACUAAAGGUUCACGGACGUAAGAUAGAGCAUGGGAACAUAAAACUGAAUAAGGGUUCAGGACCAUAACAUAUGUUUUGCCACUAUUCAUUAUUUUAGUAAUUAAAUAAUUAUUUUCCAUUUAGGGAUGUCCAUUGGAAGUCAGGUUUUAACACACAUCGGCAUUGCAUAGGAAAACUAAAUUUCACCCACGACCAGACGAACCACAUUAUUGCAUUUAGUCAACCUGUGGUGUUGCACACAGUCUGCCCAGCAGGGUUAUUUUUUUUUUUUACCAAACUGUUUUAUAUGACUGUACCAAGGGUAGCAUAUCUAAUGUACAAUAAUACAUUGGUGCUAAUGUUGGGAGCAGAUACUAAUCAGUCAAUUACCAACAUUCCAACAAGUCAGAAUCUUGACCAAAGCAAAGCUGAAAAUAUUUGCUAAUAUCUUGUGUUUCACAGCCAUGAAUUUAAAGGUUUAGAAAGAAUGUCAUCCAUUUACCCUUAUUAAACAGUUUUUAAAGGUUUAUGAGCAUCAGAAGCCAGUUAUGUAAGCUAAUAAAUAUCAACCUUACUGUAUAAAGAGCCGAAAUAUUAAAUGUCAGAUUUUCUUUAUAGACUACUUUUAAACCAGUCACACCUGCGAAAGCCCAUGAACUGUAACUUCACAUAAUGUAUUGCUUAUAAAACUUAAAUGAGUGGAAUGUCAUCAUAGAUACUUUAUACAUUUACCUAGAAUUGUAUACUAACAGACCACACUGUCUUAAAACUCAUUUUCUUGUGAACCUCUAAUGUCAUAUCUUCUUAGCAGAUCUGAAUCUCAGAAUGUAAGUUUUAGUUCUCAGUUGCCACAAGAUGUUUUGCAUUUCUGUUUAUUGUCUAAAAGUAUGACUGCUUGUUCAGUAAGAAUUCAUAUAGUUCAUAUUCAUAAAUGUGUGGUUAUAAUUGCUUCAUUUCAUAACACCAUCAUGGUGGCAUUAAAUAUCACAAUUAAAUAUUUAAUCUUAAAUCUACUUUGUUACAAACAUGCCCAUUUGUAAUUGCUGACAUUAGGGUGUCCACGGUGGUCAUAAGGCUGUCAUAUUGUGUGAAUGAAAGUGCUAAAUUUUCUCAAAAACCAAGCUGUUUUCAUUUCAUUUAUUGUUUAGGAAAAAUAUUAAUUUUGUGAACAUUUAAAAUAUGCCAAGGAAUUGUUAACUCUGUUAUCUAACGCAAUGCAAUUUCUUUUAAACACUCAAUAGCACUGUCGACACAUCUGCAAAACCUUUUCAGAAGCACUCGCUUAAACUGCCAACAUUACAUUAAAGAGUGUUUUUUUUCUUUUGAUGUCAGAAAAAAUAUCUGAAUACUUCUCAAAGAGAACAGAAUUUCUGUUUUCUGAAUAUUUCAGUAUACAUAGUCCCAGGGCUAGAGUUGUAAUGCUUUAUAAACUGUUCAUAGAUCACUAUAAGAGCACCAGACGAGUUUAUAAUCUUCUAAAAACAAAUUGCAGUCAAUUUAGAGCCCAUUGAUGGCAAGCGUUUGGUUUUGUUGUGCUGCACUUUAAAUGUUAAAUACCUGUGCACUCCCACUGGGUAGAAUCAUAUUUUGACAUGUUAAGAGAUUUUUAUUUUUUUCUGUGAGAAGUUUGAUUGUAUUGGAUCUGGAUCAGUACUCAAAGGGAUGAUUUUGCUCUAAACAUCCAUACUUGCACGAUUCUUUGUAAUUCAUAUUCCUGUCUGUUCAUUUGGACCAAGUUCUUUCCAACCUGCUGGAUUUUACUGCUGUUUUCUCUCACCAGUGUCCUCAGUGACUAUAUUGUCCUUUUAGUCUGUUUCCCCUGUGUUACCCAUAUUGGCAUAAGCAUCCAAGGGUCUUAUACAUUUAUGUUUCCUGAAGAAACAGAAAAGGAAUGACAAUGUCACAUCCCUUGUUUGGGAUGUUUCAAAGACAGAAUUGGGGUAGGGAAUGGGGGUGUUGUUCUAUUAAAGUUUUGUUGUUUUUUA